AUGCUUGUCACUAACGCUGUUGUGGACUUGUGUUACUGUGUUGUUACGGUUUUUACUGUACCGGUAAGGUUUUACGUGAAUGUUUAUUUUACGCUUUUUUUUGAAAAAAAAAAUUUUUUUUCAAAUAUUUUAUUAUGUUUAGUGCUUGUAAAAUACGCAUGAACUUCAAACUUAUAUUUAAAAUAAAAUUUUGUUUCAGAACGUUGUAUUUGCAUCAGAUGUCCUACUGAUUCUAUGGGAAUCUCCAGUACUAACCAGAAGACCAUUCGACGUUUAUUUCUGUAUGAUGAUUCAAACCUUUUUCAUUUACAUGUCGGUUUUUGUACUUCCAAUUCAAUUCUACUAUAGAUACAAAGUUGUAUCAUCGAAAGGCUGCAAGUACUCGUCAAUUGCUACAAUUAUUUUUUACUGUUCUUUGUAUCUUUUUUGUCAUUGUAGCGCAUUUCCGUAUACAUUUCAAUCGCCAAACGCCAGAUAUGACAAAAUGUUGUUGGAUGAAGGUGUUGAAGGAAAAGAGUUGAUUUACAUUGCUGGUGAUAAGGUAAGGUGUUUUCGGCUUACCCUACCCUACCCUACCCUACCCUACCCUACCCUACCCUACCCUACCCUACCCUACCCUACCCUACCCUACCCUACCCUACCCUACCCUACCCUAUCCUACCCUACCCUAUCCUACCCUACCCUAUCCUACCCUACCCUACCCUUAUCAUAUCUUUUUAUACUGUAUCCUAUACAACCUUUGUAAAUUAAAAUGUUUCAGGGAGCCAACCUAUGGAUUAUACCUCAUUUUGGUAGUUGUAUGUUGAUGGUAUCAGUAAGCUACAUCCUUAUUGUUAUAUUCUACCGUAAAACCAAAGCUCAUCUAAAACGAUUUGAAGUCCAUAUGACAUCUUCGACCCGCCGUGCUCAACGUCAAAUGACACGAAUCAUUCUGCUGCAAGCCUUCUACCCCAUCGUAUUACUUGGUAUACCCAGCUUUUUCUUUGCAUUCGCACCCAUUAUCAACUUCAAAUCGAAAAACUUGGGUGUCAUUUGUAUUGUCAGUGUCCAUCUAACGCCAUUUUUGAAUUCAUUGUCCGUUGUACUGUGUGUACCAACAUAUCGUCGUAUCACAUACAGGUUUAUUUGUCUUGCGAGUGGUUGUAAGAAUGUCAAUGAAAUUUCGGCCGAAACUACGAAUCCAAGAAGUAUUAGCAAGAAUACAAACAAAGGAAUGUCGAUGGAUACGCUACAAAGCUGA